CGUUGUUUACAAACAGCUUUGCAACUCCAGGCUCCAUUGGUAAUGUUUAAGUUUAUGUCGCGUCAAGAGCUCUUGCAAUUGACGAAUUAAGUUAUGAGCAAACUGUCAACAAAAGCCGUCUGCAGUCAGAUUCGGUUUAAAUAAGGACAGGCAGCUCUCGAUCCACAAACGCUCACGUAAGUCACAUUUUCCAUAAGUCAGAUUUACCUGCCCAUAUCAUUCAAGGCAUCUUAUCGCAAAAAUACAUAAACACAAAGUAUAAUUGUAUCUCGGAUAUUUUUUGCGCAAGUUCGGAUUUACUUAAGACAGUUUUAAGUUGAGAGCUGCCUGUACUUCAGUAGAAAAGAAACUGUAUAUUAUUUUUUCAUAAGCUGGAAAGCGCCAGCUUCAGUGGCGGAUGUGCUUUUCAGGUUAUGCCUUUGUACUUGCUUUCGCUGAGUGUCUGAGGUCACGUCGGGGCUGGACCCGCAUGCCGUUUGAGGUUUCUGCUCUCCUCUCUUUUGUAUUAUUUUAUUUUUUUUUCAGUUUCAUCUCACUUUUGCAAACACUACAAAGGAAACGCUCUGACGCAGGUUAUUUCUGAGGAAAAAGGUUACAAGAGCAGGAGAUGGGCGUUCAGAUUGGAGAGGUGCAGCCUGCAUCAAACUGAGAAUCUGCACACAUAUUACUUUGGACUCCGGUGUUUAAUGUAAACGUGCAUUAUGAAGAUGUCCACCGCCCAUCCUCGGAAAGUGAGUGCGUGUGUGUGAGGGCGGAGUUUCUGCUGAAGAGUUGUGCCCCGGUGACCAACACGGUCAUGCUUGAAUGGUAGGCUACCAGUCAUGCUGUAAGGAUGACACACCGGUUGCUUACGGCCUGGGCAGCGUGUUGGGUCUGACUAUGUGUGAGUAGUGACGGGGGGGUUGUCUCUAACAGAACAAGACCACAAUAACAUCCCACAUGCUCUGCAUAUGUUUUUAGCGGAGAGGAAAUGGUCUAACCAGAUCACAUUAAAACAUUAACAUUAGGAAGAAUAGCUGCUUAACUGAAGCCAGUCUAUAAGAUUCUGUUAGGCUUAUUUUGCAAACGCUCCGGGAACGUGUUCACUGUGUUGUCUUGCGCCAUCAAGUGCCCAUAUAAUGUUACUACAGGAACGCAGAACAGAGGAACAGAGUUUACUCAGCAUGACUAGCAGUAUAACGAAUCAUUUCCUUCAUUAUUUUAGGUAAAGUUAAUAGAUAUAAAAAUAUAUUAAAAGAAUUAUAUAAAGACGCUUUCAGGCAGAAGCGUCAAGAUCCUGGGGAGAAUUCCAAGCAGAGAAACUAGUUCACAUCACAUUGUCUUUGCUGCAUGUGACCAGAGGCACCAGAACGUGCUGGAGUUUCCAUACCCCUUCGUCGCCCCUGCACGUGACUGUCAAACAUCGCUCCCACAUCUUAUAAUGAAACAAAAUAUAACAAAUGACCUGACACUAGGUACUGUGACACCCUACGGCGAAUAGUCUUUCUACACUUUUUUGAGUUUUUAUAUGAUUAUAAAAACUGCAGAUCCUGCUGGCAAUGUAGACCACUACUGGGAACACUGGUUCUAAAUGAAGUAAAAAUGAUGGAGAGCUAGAAAAUUAUCACAAACUCUUCUGGUUAAUCAGCAAAUAUUCAAAGAAAAAAAAAGAAUUCUAGACGAGCCCUCUGAAAGUCGUUUACGCUACGUUCUCAUGCUGGGGCUGAUUUUAAGGGUAAGUCUAUGACCGCCAGGUGGCGUCAUUUCCACAUAAGUGGAACAUAAACAUUUAUACCGUCUGCUAAGCUGAUUUAAUGUACAACAGGCUGAAUCGUUCAUAUAAACCGUUCUUACCCCUUUUCGGAAUUUCUGUUUUGGUUUGUUACAAGAGGAAAUUAAACUGUUUCACUGAGUCACUACGUUUCUCAGUCUGUUGCCUAUGAUCAAGCGUAUUUUCUGUUCUUAAUAUCUGAAACAUCCUCCACAGAUGAGACGGCGUAUUCACCUGGACCCCCCACCUGAUGUCCUUGCGUGCUUACCUCAGAUUAUGAGUACAGAAAGCUCAAGGCAAAGGGGUCUUUUCGCUCACAUUUCUGGGGGGUAUUUAGUGCAGCGACUAUGUGUGCUGUCACGCUGUGUAAGUCGCACCCUACACAAGCAUCUACCCGGCUGCUUCUUGACUGCGUUUUCGCAGUGCAUCAGUAUGAUACCUGUACGAUGCCGCUCACGAUCCGCUACUGAAUGCUUAAGUCUCUGAUGAAAAAUUCCAUUUUCGCCUCCGGCGUUGUUUCGUUUCCAAUCAUCCCCUGCGCGAGCUUCACAGCCCUGCUGACUUCAUAAGCUGAUUUGCACCCACCCCAAAGCUAUAUGUAUAAAACAAUCAGGUGCACCAUACAGUGAAAGUUGACACAGAUCAAACGUAAGACAGUGUACGAACAUACAAUGCAGCUUAGAUGCCUGUCUGCCUCCUUCAUUUAUAUACCUACAUGCGUAUUUAUUAUUUUCACAGCUUUCUUUAUAUUUUUAUUGUAUUUCUUUCGUUUAAUUUCCGGAUCUGCAUCUACGCUGGAACUCCGCACCGGAUGCUCAGACCCAGCAGACAUGCUGGAAAGAUUAUAUCUCUCGGCUGGCCAGGGAACACCUUGGUAAUCCCCCGGAGGAGCUGAGGAGGUGGCUGAGGAGACGGAGGUCUUGGCAUCCCCGCUUAGAUUGCUGUCCGGCUGCAGAUCCGUUGCACAAAAAGGAGCAACCUGACUCCACUGACCUGCCAGCGUUGGCUUGGAAAGGACUGGAACGAGGGGCUUGACUGGGAGCUGGUGGAAGACGCAGCCCGUCGGAGGGGGGUGCAGUUAAUUGUCAUACGCCAUGUCCGAGCAAAGACAGCGUGCCCUGUCCACUUCAGGAGAAGCCCUCUACCAGAUCCUGGGCCUGGAAAAAGGCUGCACCUAUGAAGACAUCAAGAAGUCCUACAGGAAAUUGGCUCUGAAAUAUCACCCGGACAAGAAUCCCGACAACCCAGAGGCCGCGGAGAAAUUUAAGGAGCUGAACAAUGCUCACUCCGUGCUGUCAGACAUCACUAAAAAGAACAUAUACGACAAGUAUGGCUCCCUGGGUUUGUACGUGGCGCAGCAGUUUGGAGAGGAGAACGUCAACACCUACUUCAUGCUCUCAAGCUGGUGGGCCAAGGGUCUCUUCGCCAUCUGCGGCCUGCUGACGGGCUGCUACUUCUGCUGCUGUUUGUGCUGCUGCUGCAACUGCUGCUGCGGGAAAUGCAAGCCCCGGGUCCCAGGGGAGGAAGAGCAGCAAGAGUGCUACGUGUCCCCGGAGGACCUGGAGGAACAGAUCCGUACCGACAUGGAAAGGGAUGGCGAUACGCCCAUUGUGAUGCAGCCAACGAGCGCGAGUGAGAAGACCCAGCUGAUCGGUGACGGACACCGGACCUACACCUGAGAGGGCGGGGCCACUGGGAGGCGGGCUUUGUAAAUAGGGAUGCGUGUGUGACAUCAUGCGGUGACGUUUGGCUGCAUUUUCACGUUUCUCCUGGUUGCCUAGAGAUAUUUUGUUGUGACUUAGCAUUAAUAAAUAACGACUGGAAAAGGAACUUUAUAAGAGAAUAUAAAGAGUAAAGUCUGUUAUCUGAUGUAUCAAGACAAAUAAAAGCAUUUUUGAAGAUU